AUGAUAGUAAAGAGAUUAUUUAGAACAAUGGCUCCAGUUGCAAAGCAUUUUGAUUAUUUAGUUAUUGGUGGUGGUUCCGGUGGUGUUGCCUCCAGUAGAAGAGCAGCCUCAUAUGGUGCCAAGACCCUUUUGAUUGAGGGUAAAGCCCUUGGUGGUACCUGUGUCAAUGUCGGUUGUGUUCCAAAGAAGGUAAUGUGGUAUGCUUCUGACUUGGCCACCAGAUUGACCCAUGCCCACGAGUAUGGUCUAGCACAAAACGUACCAUUGUCUAAAGAAUCUAUUACUUUCAAUUGGCCGGAAUUUAAGAAGAAAAGAGAUGCUUACAUUCACAGAUUGAAUGGUAUCUAUGAAAAUAACUUGAAAAAGGAAGGUGUUGAAGUAGUAUUUGGUUGGGCUAAAUUUAACAAGGAUGGUAACGUUGAAGUUACAAAGCAUGAUAAUACUACUGAGGUGUACUCUGCUGACCGUAUUUUAGUUGCCACUGGUGGUAAACCUGUGUACCCAGAAAAGGUUCCAGGAUUUGAAUUGGGUACAGACUCUGACGGUUUCUUCCGCCUGGAAGAACAACCAAAAAAAGUGGUAGUUGUUGGCGCAGGUUACAUUGGUAUUGAGUUGGCAGGUGUAUUCCAUGGAUUAGGAUCUGAUUCCCAUCUAGUUAUUAGAGGUAAAACUGUUUUGAGAAAGUUCGAUGAGAUUAUUCAAAAUACUGUUACCGACUAUUAUGUUGAGGAAGGUAUUAAUGUCCAUAAGGAAACUAAUGUUGACAAGGUUGAAAAAGAUGAGAAAACUGGUAAAUUGUCUGUUCAUUUGACCAAUGGACAAGUCCUUGAAGAUGUUGAUGAAUUGAUUUGGACUAUGGGUCGUAGAUCAUUGCUGGGAAUCGGCCUAGAAAACGUUGGUGUGAAGCUGAAUGACAAGGAACAGAUCAUUACAGAUGAAUAUCAAAACACCAACGUUCCAAAUAUCUACUCUCUUGGUGAUGUCUCUGGACGUGUGGAAUUGACUCCUGUUGCUAUUGCAGCCGGUAGAAAGUUAUCAAACAGAUUGUUUGGCCCUGAGCAAUACCGUAAUGAUAAACUUGAUUACACAAACGUUCCAAGUGUUGUCUUCUCGCAUCCAGAAGCGGGUUCUAUUGGUCUAACUGAAGAUGAAGCAAUUAAGCAGUACGGUAAGGACAACAUCAAGGUUUACACCAGUAAAUUCACAGCUAUGUACUAUGCCAUGUUGGAACACAAAUCUCCAACUAGAUACAAGAUCAUCUGUGAAGGUCCAAAUGAGAAGGUUGUCGGUCUUCACAUUGUAGGUGACUCUUCUGCAGAAAUACUGCAAGGGUUUGGUGUCGCAAUCAAAAUGGGUGCCACAAAGGCUGAUUUUGACAACUGUGUGGCUAUUCAUCCAACCAGUGCUGAGGAAUUGGUUACUAUGAGAUAA